AUGGCCAACGAUCAAAGACUUGCAUCUCUUUUAGACCGUUUGGAAUCGGUUACCAAUCGGUUAGAAAAAAUCCCAGGGAAAGGGGGCCAACCUGCUGACGAUGAAGGUAGUGCCUUUACCGAAAAUUCUUUACAGGCAGAAUUAACCAAGAAAGCAUACGAAGCUCAUAGAGCUGUUGUUGUCACAGCAUCAAAAUGCAAGCUUCCUGAGGCGGCUGCGUUACAGAAUUUGCUUAAACCAUUAUCGAAUGCAAUCAGUGAAGUUCAAGCCUUUCGUGAUAAGAAUCGCGGUAGCAAGUUUUUCAAUCAUUUAUCAGAAGUCUAUGAAUUUAUCCUUUGUUUUGGAUGGGUAACUGUAAGUCCUAAACCAGCAAAUUACGUCAAGACUAAUUAUGAAUCAGCUCAAUUUUACCUAAACAAAGUCUUGAAAGAAUUUAAAACCAGUGACCCGCAACAAGCAGACUGGGCUAGGUCAAUUGGACGUUUUAUGAAUGCUUUGAUAGGAUAUAUUAACGAUUAUAAUGCAAUUGGACUUAAUUGGAAUGCUGAAGGCAAGGACGUUUCAGCUGUAUCCGCAGGAGCUCCUGCUGCACCACCACCACCACCACCACCGGCGCCUGUAACGGCUGACCCACCAAAGAAUAGCGGUAAUGAACGUGCUGCUUUAAUGUCCCAGUUAAAUAAGGGUGCUGACGUUACGAAAGGUUUAAAGAAAGUUACCAAUGACAUGAAGACACAUAAAAAUCCUGCUCUACGGGCAUCAGGUGUAGUCUCUAGUACCUCUACGCCUGGCAAACCAGCUGUAAGUCCUAAGCCUGCUGCUACUAAACCUGUCGCUAAGAAGCCGCCAGUAUUCCGUUUGGAUGGAAAAAAAUGGAUUGUGGAAAAUCAAGAAGGGAAUCAGGAUCUUGUCAUUUCUGACACCAAUAUGAGACAAAGUGUUUACAUAUACAAAUGCAACAACUGCGUAAUCCAAGUAAAAGGAAAAGUCAAUUCUAUUGCAAUGGAUACGUGUAAGAAAUCCGCAAUUGUAUUCGAUCAUGUCAUUUCCGUUAUGGAUUUCGUUAACUGCCAAAGUGUGAAAGUGCAGGUAAACGGUGCUGUUCCAACGAUAUCUAUUGGUAAUACUGAUGGCAUCCAGGUUUAUCUUAGUAAGGAAGCAAUGCAAACUACUAUAAUCUCUUCAAAAUCAUCAGAAAUGAACAUCUCAACUCCAACAGGGAAUGAUGGCGAUAUGGUUGAAAAUGCAGUCCCAGAGCAAUUUACGACCGUAUGGGAUGACAAGAAGAAAUGCUUCGAUACCUAUGCAUCUGAAAUAACUGCGUAA